UAUGGACCGAACACGCAAUUCAAGAAAAGAUGGCUUAUCCAGCUAGCUAAGUUAUAGGGUAAAGUCUCGUAAUACCACUCAAGUAACAGGGGUAUAUCAGUCAAAACAUCCAUACACUCCUCAACGUCAACUCGCGUGUUUUCUUCGAAUGAACAUCUGAAACGAAAAGAAUCGUUUUCCAUUGGGGAUGGAGAAGAAGCUCUGCCAACAGCUACCGACGCCAUCAACGAUAGCCUCAUAAGCUCUCUUUUGAUUCUCCUUCGUCUUGUGACGAUUUCAAUUUGAACCUCUGAGAAAUCAUGUCGGAUGCUUUGAUCAAUGGAUUGGCUGGAGCUGGUGGUGGGAUCAUUGCUCAACUCCUCACUUAUCCUCUCCAAACUGUAAAUACGCGCCAACAAACGGAGCGGGAUCUGAAGAGGGAGAAGAGGAAACUUGGAACUAUUGAACACAUGUGCCAGGUUGUGAAACAAGAGGGAUGGGAGCGAUUAUAUGGUGGAUUGGCGCCGUCUCUCGCCGGAACUGCGGCAUCACAGGGUGUGUACUACUACUUCUACCAAGUGUUUCGGAAUCAAGUUGAAGCUGCAGCUCUUCGACAAAGCAAGAAAGGGUUGGGUGACGGAUCUGUUGGGAUGUUUUCUUCACUUCUAGUGGCUGCCUUAGCUGGAUCAGUUAAUGUUCUUAUGACGAAUCCAAUCUGGGUGAUUGUUACACGCAUGCAGACCCACAGAAAAAUGCCAAAAGAUCAGAGGACUGUCUCCGAGUCACCUUCUUCUGAUGCAGAAGCUCUGGUUCCAGUUGAGCCGCGUCCUUAUGGGACCUUUAAUACGAUUCGAGAGGUUUACGAUGAAGCUGGAGUGACUGGCUUCUGGAAAGGUGUAAUUCCCACAUUGAUCAUGGUAAGUAAUCCAUCAAUGCAAUUUAUGUUGUACGAGACAAUGUUAGCAAAGCUGAAGAAAAAACGUGCCUUGAAGGGUAGCAGCAACGUAACCGCUUUGGAGACAUUUCUUCUUGGAGCUGUGGCUAAACUCGGAGCUACAGUCACAACUUAUCCUCUCUUGGUUGUAAAGUCUAGACUUCAAGCCAAACAGGUCACAACAGGGGACAAAAGACAACAGUACAAAGGAACGCUGGAUGCGAUUCUGAAAAUGAUUCGUUAUGAAGGGCUUUACGGGUUUUACAAAGGGAUGAGCACAAAGAUUGUGCAGAGCGUCUUAGCUGCUGCGGUUCUGUUCAUGAUCAAGGAAGAGCUUGUCAAGGGAGCUAAGCUGUUGCUCUCCAAUGCGAGCUCUAGCAGAGUCAAGUCCAAGCCUUCUUGAAACCAGUCCAACUAUAGGAUUUAGAAAUAAGAUUGAAAUAAAUAAAUAGAUUAAAGUAUACUUCCAAUAAUUUCUUUCAUUAGUUAUAUCACUCUAUUGGAUUCCUGAUGAUUGCAAUUGAUUAUUGUAUUUUCUGCAAGAAUAUUGGUUUCGACUGUUUUAUAUCUUUAAUUUCCAGUAUGAAA